CCCUGUUCGUCAAUUUCUCGUCCCCUUUUCCCUCAUCGGAGUGAUUCAGUUUUACAGUUUUUGAAUCCUUGCUACAGUCACACGGGUGGUUCUGAGAACCCUAGAACUCUUCCUUCGCUAAUUCCACCAGGUAAUUUUCUACAGGCCAACUGUGCACUGACAGUAUCGGAAAUGCUAGGGUUUGUGGUGUUAUAGGCCUUCCAAUAUUAAACGCAUCUUUCCUUUUCCCUUCUUUAACUAGAUUGUCGCGGAAUUUUCACUAGGCGUAUUCUCGAAUUGCAGGUCUGAAGUGGGGGUUUCUGAAUUUGUGGUCUUCGUGUGAUCCCGUGCUGUCUGUUUGAGAAAAUGGCCGAUGCAUUUGAUGAUGAGACUGAGCAAACCGUCACAAUGGAUGAGUAUCUUAAAGGGGUUGAAGCUGAGGAACUGGAAGCUGAUUUGGUAUUGGGUGGAGAUGAGGGUAAAGAAUGCACCUAUAACAUGGGUUAUGUGAAGAGGCAGGCUAUCUUUUCAUGUCUGACUUGUACGCCUGAAGGGAAUGCUGGAGUUUGUACAGCCUGCAGCUUGUCUUGCCAUGAUGGCCAUGAGAUUGUUGAAUUAUGGACCAAAAGAAACUUCAAGUGCGAUUGUGGAAAUUCCAAGUUUGGGGAGUUCUUCUGCAAGCUUUGUCCUAACAAGGAUGUCGAAAAUGCUGAAAAUUCAUACAAUCAAAACUUCAAAGGUCUAUACUGCACAUGCGGGCGUCCGUACCCUGAUCCAGAGGCUGAACAACAGGAGGAGAUGAUUCAGUGUAUCUUUUGUGAGGAUUGGUUUCAUGAAGAGCAUCUGGGUCUUGAGACUGUUAACGAGAUUCCCAGAGAUGGUGACGGAGAACCUCUGUACGAGGAUUUCAUUUGCAAAACAUGCUCAGCAGUAUGUUCUUUUCUUACACUGUAUCCUCAAACAAUCCGAGCUUCAGAAUGCCAGGCUGGAGUAUCCGCUUCUAAUACCAGUAAAGAUAAAGGUGUAAUGGAAAGCCAUCCUGCUCCCUGUGCAAAUGGAAAACUCGAGAACAGUGUUUGUUCUGGUUCUUCUGGAAAUGUUCAUGCAGUGAGUAGUAGUACAAAUCAUGUGGCGGUUGAGAAGGAAUCUUCAAGCAAUGGAACUCUCGAGCAGAACAAUUGUUCAGAUGCAUGUGCAGAGGAAGAUAGUACUGUUCACACUGCCUGUGUCUUGGGUUCUGGUUCCAUGGUAGCUCCACCUACUACUUCGGAGAGAAAACCAUUCUUUCUGGCCAAAAGCUGGAGGGAAUCUUUGUGCAGAUGUGAAAAUUGCUUAGGAAUGUAUAAGGAGAAGCAUAUAAGCUACCUAAUUGACAAAGAGGACUCAAUCGCUGAGUAUGAGAAAGUUGCAAAGCAGAAGAGGGAAGAGAAGCUGCAGAAACAAGAGGGUGCUGAGUUGGAUUUUAUCAAUAAACUUGGUCAUGUAGAGAAGAUGGAGAUACUGGGUGGCAUUGCAGACUUUAAGGACGAAUUUCGUUCUUUCCUGGAGUCAUUUGAUCCUUCGAAGACAAUAACAUCAUCUGACGUGCAUCAGAUCUUUGAGAAUCUGGCAAAGAAGCGCAGGCGCACAUAGUGUGAUUUGCUAAGAAAAAUCUUAAGCAACACUCAGCUAUUGUUGGUUUAAGUUACGCAACUUUGUUGGGUUAGUUUGAGAACUGAACUACAACCUUGCGUACUGAUAGAAGGAUGGCCGACAUGGAAACAAUAUCAAUAUGUUAAGUCACAGCAGGACCUAACUCGGGUUGUAGAAGCCUGUCUUAUCAUGUUUGAUUCAUGCAUGUGUUCAACUUUGAUUUCCCUCAACACUUGUUUAUGUCAUCCUGUUCUAUUUGAGAUAUGUCCUCCUGUUCUAUGGUGGAGGUGGGGCUUUAUUUUUCAUCGAAGAUUGGCUUGUUUCUCUGUCUAACAUUUUCUUCCAUUGUCAACGUCAAAGAAGCAACAGAUUUCGCUAGUAGGUUGGACACGUAGCGAGAGAUCGGCCAAACUGCUGAUCUGUUUCGGCAUUGCUCGAGGUGCUAUUCUCGGUUUGGUCGUGUCUGGAAUUUGGAUUAUUGCCUUGUUCAUACUUUGUUUUGUUGUGGGUAUUGAUUUGUUUCCUUAUUUUGUUUAGGUAGAGAGAUUUGUUGCCUUUUGACGAACAACGAACUCAACAUGUGAUUAGGUAAACCUUGUUGAUUUAUUUGGAGGAAAGAUUGAGUUCUUACUACAUGUGAUUCCACAGUUGAUUGUUACAAGGGAUUAGUAACUUUAUUGAUUUAAUGGUAAACCUUGUUGAUUUAUUCGAAGUAACUUUACUGGAAACUAGUGUACAUGAAUCUGGGAAUUUGAUUCCAUGGCCUCUUAAACUAAAACUAAUUUAUGUUAUUGGAGUUUGCACCGUUUCACCUUACAAAUUGUUUGAAGAUAAUAGUUAAAAGUGUCGUGAAAACUUGAACACAUGACUUAAAAAAUAAACCAACUUGGUUAUCAUGUCAUACAUUCAAUUGGUUCCAAUAGGGUCCAUGUAUAGAUCUUGGGAGUAUGUACGACGUACUUAGAGUAUGGUUUGGUUUUCAUAUUAUUAGUUAUGUAAUUGCCUAGCAAAAGUCUUAACUAGUUGCCAGAACUGGUUUACAGACCAAAAUGUGAAGACUGAAGACAUGGCCAAACUCUCCAGAUGGUCAGCUAAAACCGUCGCCUGGGUAGUCAUCUCAGUCAAAUCUCACUCUCUCCAAACUGAAAGAGACAUGCAAAGAUUAGUAUUGAAGCCCUACAUUUCUCUCUCUCUCCCUCUCAUUAUUAGGGAUUCAACAUCAUUGAAUUAACUUUCCCCUUACCCCUUUUGGUUCCCUCCAAAACAGGAGUCCAUUUCGUUUACCAUAUCAAACCUCCACCAUAAGUUAUAAGUUAGGUGUACAUAUAGAUAGCAUCAUGAUGCCGCCACUUCCAAAAUCUUUGAGGUGCAUGGUGGUAAUUUGAUGGAAAUUUCUUAAGGCUGUGUUGAAUUGAAAGAAAUUGUUUUUAAGGUUAAUUAGAGACCAAGAGUGUGAUGCCUAGCUAGCCUGCAUGCAAGAUUCUGUGCCAAAUUUUGUGGAGGAUAUUGUCUAGCAAUUCCACAACCACAUGUGACAUCACAAAAUUUCCCUUCUUUCUCAUUCGAUGGGUUGAAAACGGUACUAGGGGAGAUGUGAAGGAACAAUUUCUUUUUGUCAUACUUCAUUAAUUGCAUGGCAUCUAAGUUUGACACAAUUGCAUGGAAAUUUUAAAAGUUCGCCAUUUGACAUGAUGUUGGAGUUCAUAUGGUAUGGCUCAAAUUAUGACUUAAGGUCAAACUCCCUGAAUGAAAAGUUGCGAAAAUCGUGUUUAGAUAACGUCCAAUCUUUAUGUCCCUUCAUUCGCCUAAUUAGCCAAGAUCUAGUUAAAGGUGAGCUGGGGAACAUGGUGGAUCCCAGCUGCUUAAUUAAAGGUUUAGAAAAUAAUCCACAUGAACCUCCAUUCAAGCUGGUACCAAGAUGUAUAAAGUAUGGCGCAACACAAACCCUAAUCCACUCUUACAAGAAUCCCACCAUCGUUAAUUAUGAAGUUAAACAUGAACCUCCAUUCACCGACAUGAUUUACAUUGAGUCCACCUCUGAAUAUUGCAGAACGAAUCAAAAGCAUACAUGACAAGUAGCUUUUCAUCGAGUGUUAGUAAAAGCUAUAAUCUAACAAAGGCAUAAUAAAGCUAGAUAUGAUGAAACGAAAGAGACUGAUAACUACUCUCACGUUCACACCAUUUAUGUAUACCUUUUCAUUUUACUUUUGGGGUGUUUGGUUUGAGAACUGCAACAUUUGUCAGUACAUGGCAAUGUUAUUAUAUGGUAAUUAUACGUCUAGAGUUGGUAAAAUUGUUCCAAGAAGUCCACUAAAAUCACCCACAAAUUCUGGAGAAGAUUUUGUGAAGCGAUUGUUGUUUAGUCUGUGUCCCUCAUCAUAAUGAUAUCUUAUUAGUUAAUUGCAUCCAAUGAUCAUUUCAACUGGAAUGGUCUCGAUCUUCGUCAAACUGAAGUGAUGGUGAUGAUUAUAGCCUUUUGUGGCAUAUCUUCCAAGAGUGGUCGACGGAGGCUCCCUGCAACUAAUUAAUUGAGGAAUCGUUC